AUGUCCCUUGAGGUGCCAAGGUGUCCCUCUCCCGUGCAUUGGACAAGGAGGAGCUCUGCAAUCCGGGAGGCCCAUGAGGCGCCGAAAGCGCGCAAUUCCAAGACCUCCAGGAGGAUUCAAUUUGGCUGCACAGCGGCACUUGUUUCGGCCGGGACGGGCAUUUCCAGAACAGUCUUCAGGACACGGCAUGUCAGAAGACAGAAGGGUGUAGCUGCGCCGUCCCCCAAGAUGCAGGUCAAACCGAGCAGUGUCUACUUUCUUCUCGUUGUAUCGUGCUUGAGUCUUCUAGGAUUGACGAUGCCGAUGCCAGCGUACCCGACCAUUCGGGCGCAAUAUCAACUUUCCACCGCGCAGACAGGCUUUGUGUCUUCUUGCCUGUCUCUCGGAAUGCUCUUUGCAGUGUCGAUCUUGCCGAUCUGCAGCGAUUCCAUGGGCCGUCGUAAUGUCUUGAUGUUUUCGAUGUUUUGCACUUCCUUUCUCUUCGGUUUUCAGGUCUACGCGCUGCAACACCUGACCUUCUGGCACUUCCUGGCAGCUCGCUGGUUCACCGGGCUCUUCGCUGGCUGCAAUCCGAUCUUCAAGGCCUACUUGGCAGAUGUGGUGCCAGCUGAACGAUUGCCGCGCUUCAUGGUGUUUCGGGAAGCCUCUGCCACAUUUGCCUUCAUCAUUGGGCCUUUGCUCGGCGGCUAUAUGAUCAAGGAAAUGGGCGUCAAGGGCCCGUUCUUGCUGACAUGUCUAUGCCACAUGGUUGGCUUUGGAUUGCUCUUAACACAAGUUGAGGAAGCAGAAAAAACACAGCGUCACGGAGGAAGAGACGGACGCGAACAAUAA